CUGAAACGAGCGAGAAAUCAUGCGUUGCAUUUCUCCGAACCCAGAUGACUUCGUGUUGACCAUCACGACAUGCGACUUCAAUGGCUCGUCCGCCACCGGCUCGGCGGACACGAUCAACUUCUACACGUGCUCUGGUGGGCCGUAUUGCGCUAUGGCGGACAGCCCAGAGACGGAAGCGGUGUUUGGGCAUGGCGAAAUUAGAGACCUGGUCUUCCUCGAUGACGUGGAACCCACGACUCUGGUUAUUUCGAAGCCAGUUGGGAACGACGGCUGGUGCGUGAACGGGAUCCAAUGGCAGGGAGUCGACAUGUUGGCGCCCACUACAGUACUUUACUUCGACAUUUCGGACGGAAACACGGGCAAUUGCGUUGGUGGGCUCCUGGACUACACUGACGAGGACAAUGAAUACUUCGAGGAAAACCUUGUCUACCCGUGCCUGGAAGAGUGGCGAAUCUUCAAUCUUCAAGGAGACGCUGACUACGAGUAUGAGCUGAAGGUGCAGGGUUGCGAUGGUGUGGACACCACACCGGUUACAGUCUCCUAUUGCCCGGACAAGUCAUGCAGCACGGCAGAUGUAGUGACGCAGACGUUGACGGCUUUCGGCAGUGGGAUGACAACCUUUCCGGUGCAGCUGGACUUCAACCCCGCAGCGAUGCAAUUCUUGGCUUCUGGCAGUGACGUGUGGUGCGCCGACGCCCUGUCAUUCAAUCAAUUCGACUUGGCAGAAAACUACUCUUACUCUCUGGAGCCAGGGAAGUCAAGCACGGUAACAAAUCUCCAGGUCAAUGGUAUUGCUCCAACUCCAGCUCCAACUCCAGCGCCUACAACGCCUUCAGGGUCGAACUCCACAGAAACUUUGGGUGAUGAUGGCGACGACAACGACCCAGAUUCAGAAGCUCAGCUGGGGGCCAUCGUUGGAGGUACGGUGGCGGGUGUGCUGGCGAUUGUCGCCGUCAUCGCAGCUGUCCUGUUCAAAACUGGCCGCUUGAAGACCGGCGCUGGGAGACGUUCGACUUCUUCUGCCGACGACGCCGUACGGACUCUUCCUGGUGGCUCUAGGCCCACAGACAACGGGCGUCCCGCGGCUGCUGUGGCCCCUGUUACUCAUGUUCAAUAUCCCGUUGCCUAUCAAUAUCCCGAAGCCCCAUGA